GGGUGAGGCUCAGGGUACACUUGUUCAUCUGCUGCGAACUGGCAGGAGGCCAGGACCCGGAGCAGGAGCCAUGGACUACCACCAGAAACUGGCUGAAAAACUCUCCAUCCUCAAUGAGAGAGGGAAUGGAGUUCUGAUCCGUAUGAACUACAUAAAGAAGUCAUGUGCAGAUCCCAAACUGCGGCCUGCCAUCUUGACAGAUAAAACUAAAGAACCGGCAAUCAAGUACAUCAACAAGAAAUUCCCCAACAUCGACUUCAGAGGAAACAUCCAAAAUCUGAUAAGCAUCCAGCGAUCAAAAUCUGAAGUGUUGGCAGCAACAUCGAGCUACUACGACUCCUUCCUGGAUGUCAUCGAGUUCAGGGACCAUGUCUAUGAAUUACUGAACUCCAUUGAUGCGUGUCAGUGCUUUUUUAACAUUGCUGUCAACUUUGAUUUCACCAAAAACUACUUGGAUCUGAUCGUCACCUACACGUCUGUCAUCAUUACGCUCUCCCGGAUUGAAGACAAGAAGGCUUUGGUGGGCAUGUUCAACUGCGCCCACGAGAUGACCAACGGCAGCAGCGACCCCUCCUACCCGCGGCUUGGCCAGAUGUUUGUGGAGUACGAACAUCCAUGGAAGAAGCUCACUGAGGAGUUUGGUCCUCACACAAAGUCUGUGACAGCAGCAUUACUCUCGCUGAGGAUGCUCUACCCACGCAGAAACCUGCCUGCAGAACAAUGGCGGAGCGCCCAGCUCCUCAGCCUGCUCAGUGCACCUGCUGCAAUGCUGGACCCGGCCUGCUGCGACACUAUGGCCUGUGAGUACCUGUCCAUGGAGGUGAUGGAGCGUUGGAUCAUUAUCGGCUUCCUGUUGUGCCACAGCAGCCUGAAUACAAACCAAGCCACCCUGGAGCUGUGGAAGAUGGCUCUGCGGAGCGGCCUCUAUCUCACCCUCACGCGAGAUGAAGUCCUCAACAUACACAAGGUCUCCGAGGACCUGUUCGACAACAUCAAAGGAUACAGCAAGCGAGUUGCAGACAUCAAGGAAUGCCGCGACCACGUUUUAGUCAACAGCGGAGCGAUGCACAGAGAGAGGAGGCAGUUUCUCAGAGGUGCCAUGAAGGAACUCUUUAAAGUUUUGGAGGAUGAACCCGGACUCCUAGGACCAAAGGCGCUGUUUGUCUUUAUGGCUCUGUCAUUUUCCCGUGACGAAGUCCUGUGGCUCGUCAGACACUCUGAGAAUAUGCCGAAGAUAAAGACACCCGAGGACUACGUUGACAAUCAGAUGGCGGAGCUGCUGUUCUACAUGGAGAAGUUGAGCGGACUGAUGAGAAAAUACAGCCAUGUUGUUCAGCGCUAUCAUGUUCAGUACCUGGCACAGUUCGAUGCGUUGGUCCUCAAUGACACCAUACAGAACAUGUACGUGUGUCCGGAGGAAGAAUCAGUCCUGCUGAGCUCUUUUGUCUCAGUUCUGUCUGCACUAUCCGUCAAACAAGUGGAAAACAAAGAGGAAUUUGACUUGAGACCACUCAGACUGGACUGGCUUAGAUUACAGGCCUAUACAAGUGUGAAUAAAGCUCCUCUUCCACUGAAAGACUAUCCUGACCUGGCGAAGGUGAUGAACAUGAUCCAGUUCCACACCAGGAUGGUGGACAGCGUUGAGGAACUGCUGCAUGAGACGUCUGAUGUGUCCAUCCUCUGUUUCUACCCUCGAGUCUUCGAGAAAAUGUUCAGCCAGAGCAGCGAGGAGAUGACCAUGAAGCGUUACCUCAUGUCCUUCCCGUCUGUCUGCUCUCACUUCAGUCAGUGUGCUCACCCUCUCUGCCCAGAAGAGACGGAGGCACUGGAGAAAAGGAGUCUGCGCCUGUGUGUGACCUUCCUGGAGCAGAUCGCCAAGCAGACCAGCGGCGUUGUUUUAGAGAUCUGCGCAGAGCAGCAUAACCUGAAUGACGAGUUGCUGCCUAAGCACUGCGCCGAGAGCAUCAGCGCUGCUCGUUACAGAAAGCAAAAGAAGCCGCCGCCAAAGAAAGGAGAGGUUCAAAAGGAGAAGCCAGGCGCCGAGAGCCUGAGGAAAGACCGCACCAUCCUCACCAAUAUGGACAAGAUGCAUCUGAUGCUGACAGAACUCUGCUCCUCCUUCAGUCUUUGCACUGACUUCGCCGUCUUCGACCACACCGUCAUUCCCACGGAGUUCCUCCUCUCUCAUCUGGAGAUGCGCCUCUCUGAGAUCAUCGUGAGAAUGGCCAAUUACAACAAGACCACCCAGGAGAUCACACGUCCCUCUGACCUGCUGGCAGGCCUCAGAGCCUACACCGCCAAUCUGCACUGGCUCACCAGUUACAUCAAUGUGGACGUCGCCCGGCUGGUGAAGAGCGUGCUCCUGCAGCAAACCGUGCCGCUGGACUCACACGGGGGGCAAACCAUCACAACUAUCUACACAAACUGGUUCCUGGAGGGUCUUUUGCGUCAGGCAAGCAACUCCCUGAUUGUUCACUGUCCCACCAUGCACUGCUUUGUCAACCAGUCGACUGACAUCGAGUCGACGUUCAGAGCCGAAGAGUUCUCAGAUAUAUCAGAGCUGCGGGCGCUGGCUGAGCUCAUCGGUCCAUAUGGAAUGAAGUUUCUGAGUGAGAACCUGAUGUGGCACAUCACCUCUCAAGUCACCGAGAUCAAGAAAAUGGUGAUCGAGAACAUGGACGUCCUGGUACAGAUGAAGAACAACUUCGAUAAGCCUGAGGAAAUGGCCAAUCUGAAACGAAGGCUGACAGGUGGAGAGAAUAUCCUGAAGAGGAUGACCAUUAUUGGAGUGAUCCUGUCAUUCAGAGCAAUGACUCAAGACUGCCUGAAAGACAUUCUUGAUAAGCAUUGCCCCUACAUGAUGCGGUCUGUCGAGAGCCUGAGAGACUUCGUUUCCCCUGAAGCCGACAUCCAGGUGACCCUGAAUGUUUUUGAGCUGGCCUCUGCCGCAGGACUGACGUGUAACAUCGAUCCUGCUCUUGUCGCGGCUAUCGGCAGCAUGCAGACAGAUAACACGUCCAUGGACGAGGAGUACAAGCUGUCCUGCUUGUUGCUCGUCUACAUCGCCGUGUCCCUGCCCACCAUGGCGCUGGACCCCAACUCACUGUACAACCGAGAACACGGAGGGCACAACAACAACAUCCACUGUUUGGCUACAGCCAUCAACCAGCUGGCCGCUGCCAUGUUCACCAUCCAGAACAAGAACAUCGAGCAGCAGCUCAAAGAGUUUCUUCUGAUGGCCUCCUCCACCCUCCUCCAACUGGGACAAAACGUGGAACGAGUGGAGAGCAAAAACCGAGAGUCGGUGUACCUGCUCCUUCACAUGAUUGUGGAGGAGUCUCCGUUCUUGAGUCAAGACAUGCUGGAGAGCUGCUUCCCGUACGUUCUGCUCCGCAAUGCCUACAGGGAGGUGUACAAAUCCUUCGUCAUCACCCUCGGCUGAAGACCUUGCUGCGUGCUUUUGAUUCUCAUACCUUAUUUAUCUCCCGGAGUAAUUUAAUGUGCGCACAUGUUGCGCUCUCAUUGCCACUCGGCCUCUGAGUCACACAGGCGUCUUGUGGCUUUGCAUGUUUUCACCACGCUUUCACACUGAUAAUCACACACAUCCCGUAAUCAUUCUCAAAUCUCUACUUGUUUUUUACAGCCUGGAUAAACAGUGGCAGUGAGUGUUUAACAUGAUUUAUGAACUCUUCUCCAUGAAUAAAGAUGAUUACA